AUGGCCACCUACCUGGAGCUGCCCACCUGUGCGAGGAUGCCCAUCCUGGGACUGGGGACCUGGCAGGUACCUGAUGGGGACCUCUCCUCAUCCCCAUGCCUCUGAGAUGCAGUGAAGUUUGCCAUUGAUGUUGGGUACUGCCACUUUGAUUGUGCCUACUUGUACCAGAACGAGAGUGAGAUCGGGGAUGCACUACGAGAAAAAAUUGAGGAAGGGGUUGUGAGGCGCGAAGACCUCUUUAUUGUCAGUAAGCUGUGGUCCACCUUCCAUGAGAGAUCCCUGGUGAAGGAGGCAUGCCACAAAACACUUGGCGCCCUCCAACUGGGUGAUUUGGAUCUCUACCUGAUGCACUGGCCCAUGGGAUUCAAGGCAGGAGAGGAACUAUUUCCUGCAGAUGGAAAUGGCAUGGUCAUUCCCAGCGAUACCGAUUUUCUGGAUACAUGGGAGGCUAUGGAAGAGCUGGUGGAUGCAGGAAUGGUGAAGGCCAUUGGAGUCUCCAACUUCAACCGCAAGCAGAUAGAGAGGCUCCUGAGCAAACCAGGCUUAAGAUGCAAACCUGCAAAUAAUCAGAUUGGGAGCCGCCCCUACCUUCCUUAGGAAGAGCUGAUUAAGUAUUGCCAAUCCAAAGGGAUCUCUGUCACUGCAUAUUGUCCCCUUGGAGCGCCCAACUGGCCAUGGUCCAAGCCUGAGGAUAUUUCUCUUUUUGAUGAUCCCCAAAUUAAGGAAAUUGCACUCAAGUACAACAAAACCCCAGCUCAGGUGCUUAUCCGGUUCCAGAUUCAAAGAAAUGUGAGUGUAAUUCCCAAAUCUGUCACUCCACACCAUAUUGUGGAAAAUUUUAAGGUGUUUGACUUUGAACUGGCUAAAGAAGAGAUGGAAACCUUCCUUGCUUUCAAGAAGCGGUAUCGCAGCUGUGCAUUAAGCGAAUGCAAAAAUCACAAGGACUAUCCUUUUAUGGAAGACUAA